AUUGUGCGCGUCACACUCUUGCCGCUGGCGCUUCAAUUUAGUUUGUAUUCUGCCCACAUACAACUCUUAACCGAAAGACAUGGCGUCCGUCACUUUAGGACAGCACCCUGCUCAACACCUCCUCGACUCGGAUGAGCAACUAUUUCACAAACUGAAGUCGAGCGACAGGAAGAAAUUCACACGUAAAUGGUCGCUGGACAAGAUCAUCAUGCGAAACAGACCGAGUGAUAUGGACAGCGCUAGAGCCGCAGUCUCAGCAUCGCUCGUGUUAUUCAAUAACGAGCCCCCUUCAGCAUCACACAGCCAAGGCUGUAGUGCCGGUUCGCCACGUAGUAACAUGAACGGAUCGAUUGUGGACAUGGACCGAGAGAACGCGAACAACAAUAACGGAAUAUUUCGCAGACACAGUGCCGGGAGCCGGAGAAGCUCAAUGAAGGACACGGCGAAGAUUUACGCGUCUUCAUCACCGCAAGAAGUUCGCAAUCCCUCAGCGCGGUCAAACUUCAGCUGCCCGCCAGACAACCUGGAGGGACUGCCGAUCGACAAGCUAACUCAGGCAAGGUCAGGAGUAGUGAAGAUGCGAAGCGAGUCUCUCAGGAGGGAGGCAUGGUCCAUCUUCAACCAGAGAGACCCGAGGGUGAAGGCAGAGAAGGGAGAGGGCCAUAUCUUCUUCUCCAGACAGCUGAGCCACGACUGGUGCGACGCCUGCAACCGCCAGAUCAGCAGCGCUGCGCUCAAGUGUCAAAACUGCAGCUACACAUGUCAUUUGGAGUGUCAGGGGCUUGUUCAGCUGGACUGCAACCAACUAGACCAGCCGACGGAGGAUGUGUCUACCCCCGCUCCACAGAGGCCCGGCGCCAAAGACCCUCAGGAGACGAAUGUCACAACAGAGGAAGAGGAAGUGAAGCCAACAUCCCUCACAGAAGAAGAGAUUAAAGCAAAAAUAGAUGACUACAACUCCAAAGUGACAGAGAAUGGAAUGAAAUUAAGCCCAGAUGGCACAUACACUGGUUUUAUAAAGGUUCACUUGAAGUUGCGCAGGCCUGUGACUGUAUUUUCUGGGGAUGGGAGGUCACCAGGACCGUGUUCCUCUUCUGAAAGUUCAGAUAUCCGCACAUCCUUUUACCUGCCCAGCGAUGCCGUUAAACAGUUACACAUCAGCAGUACCACCACGGUCAGGGAGGUCAUCCAGGGCCUGCUGAAGAAGUUCAUGGUACAGGAUAACCCACGCAAGUUCGCCCUCUGUCGCCAGACCCGUCGGGACAGCCAGGAUCUUUUCCAGAAGUUGCCAUUAUCAGAAUGUCCACUCUACUUAAGGCUGUUAGCAGGUCCUGAUCUAGAGAACUUGUCAUUUGUACUCAAAGAAAAUGAGACUGGCGAGGUGGAGUGGCAUGCAUUUUCAGUCCCUGAGCUGCAGAACUUCCUGAUAAUCUUGGAGAAGGAGGAAAAGGAGCGCGUGCGGCAGGUGGAGCAGCGUUACGCUGCCUACAAGGAGAAGUUGCUACAGGCUCUGGGUCAGGUCGAGAGCAACCCGGGCUAAUGUAGGACACUGAAUCUCCUUCGCCCCACUGAGCCAACACCGGGCCAGCCUGGAGGACCAGUAGCCCAACAGAACGAACUCACAAAACCUCCACUCAGGACUUUGUACAAGCUCUCAGCAUGCUUCUGUGACCUGUAACCCACAAAGACGGGUAAAGGGAUCAAGACAUGACUAAGAUGAAGAGGAGGUUGGAACUAAAGAUUAGUACUUCAAGAAUAAUCCUUCUCUCCGGAAAUGGCACACUGUUGAAAGGCCAGGAGUAUGUUUCUGGCAGUCAUGCUUUUUGAUAUUUGAAUGGGUUUUGUUUUUUCUUGUUGUUUUUACAUUGACCCCCUGUCUGUGUUUUUUACAUGCUGCUGCUAUUGCUGCUACUGCAAGUGUUACUUAAAGCAUGACUUUCCCUUUGGUCUCUCUGCUUGUGUCUACCGCAUGUCCUCUAUCAGGGAAUAUCUAUAUGAAAGAGCCGAGUAAAAAGAGCAUUUCCUGUCCAAAAAGGAAGUGGGGAGACUUGAGUUAUAGAAUAUAUGAUGCCUGCGAGAUAUCAGAGGACAAAUAGUAAUCUUGUCCACAUAUCAAAUUAUACAGUUCAUAAACAUCUUUAAAAUGCUACUGUAAAAAAAAAAUUAUACUGUUUAUACUGAAGAUUGUCUUAAUAUAACUAUAAAUGUACUGUAUUACUGAUAAUGUUUCACCCUACAGCUGUCAUUAAAACCCACUGGCCACUAUAUCAAUAAAAAAGUGUUUGAAUAGAUGUGGGCUGCUGAGCAUGUUCAGACGCAGACAUUUAUGAAAUUGUCCCAUGCUGACUUAUUGUACUCUCUGGAAAGACCCUCCCUCCGUUCAGGUGUCCCAUGAAAGCUUUUAGAAAUGCUCAGCGCUGACAAAUCACCUCAGUCUCUUUUGCCACCAGUAAUUCAUGUGCAGGGAGCAUUAGUGACCGUGAGGGCUGUGGGCUGUGGUUUAGCUUUUCUGAAUUACUUCGGCUUUUAGCACAUACAGUAAUACACAAGGUCAUGUUAGAUUAGAGGGCAGCACUCUGAAAAGCUCUGCGGAUCUGUACCACAAGCAUCUCAAUCUGUAUUACACCAAUUGAAAACAAAACAAGCUCCCCAUAUUGUAAUUACAAAAUAAAGCUUUUCUAAGGAUUUUAAAGUGGAGUCAAGAUGUCUGUAAUUUGCACAUGAACACAGACCACUGUGUGGUCCGCCAGUAUGUACAGUAGUCAAUAUUAUUCUGUACAGGGAACAUGAGAUAGAUUUAACCUUUUUUUAAUAAUAAGCAUUUAAAGGGAUAUUCUUAAUGUGCAUACUUUCGUCUGCUGAAUUAUGGAGGUGCAUGUGAAUUGAAUGCAUUUGUAACACUGAGGGAAUUUAUUUGUUGAAGAGCAUUCAAAAGCACUAAAACGGUUUUCCAUAUUGGUCAGGAGUAACUGUGAACCCUGUUGUUCCAGGCACUGAUAUUUCAUUUCUCUUCUCCCUUAAAAGCACAUUUGAGUCCUAAUAUCUUAAAGAACCAUGGAUUUCUAAACAGGAUAUGUUUAGGGAUGGCAAGAGCCUGAGCUAUAAUUUGGACUGGUAUGUUUGUAGAGGCACUUUAAAGUCAUACAUUUCCAUUCAGAUCACUCUGCUCAUGUGCUCGGCCUGUAUAUUUUGAGCUUGUAUGGGUACCACUUCCACCCUUAAGCAAGCGGCAGGGCCUUGUAUGUCUGCUCAGGCUGCGUCUCCCUGACAGCCAUAUUCCUGCUGGCAGUGCCUUUAGUCUCCGUGUAGCUUAUCUUGACAGUGUACUGUACAUAUGCUCUAAAUGUCUGGCCCUAUAACUCCACGUUAAGAGUUCACACACAUUCAGUGGCAGUAGCCAGGUGCUUUCAAUGUCUGAGCCAUUAAGUCUGUGUGGGACUUUUUGGGACUAGUGUUUAAAAUGUUGAAGUGCGUGUGUGUGUGUGUAUGCGUUUGUUUAAUUUAUUUUUUUGAUUCAAUUUCAGUGUGUGCAAACUUGAAUAUGUGGACAAAUAAGUACUAUCGGGCAAUCUUUUUUUGUUUAGAAGUAUCAGAUGUUUAAAAUGUCUAGUACGCUGUAAAUAUACUGAAGAAUGAAAUAAAAAGUCACCCUUUAA